GUGCCAUUUGAUUUUGACGUGUAACCUGUCGCUUUCCCUUUAUUUACAUUACGGAAAUUUUCAUUGAAAUUUUUAAAUAUAAUUGCAUUAUGUCUAGCGGUCAAUGGGAAGUUGUUGGAAAAAGCAAAAAAUCUCAGAAUGGGAAGGUGAAAAAUAAGGAGGAAGACAAAAAGUCUUUCAAAAAUGGGCCCAAACUUGAGGACAUCGUACCCCAUUCACAAAUAAAAUCCUUCUAUGCUGGAAUGGAGAUAGAUGAUGAGAAAAAGCCACAGAAGAAAAAGGAUGGAAAGUCUAAAAAAUCACAAGAUAAAAAGUCAAGUGAACCUCCAAAACCAAAACCUCCCAAAACCAUAGAGGGAGCACUUGAAGCUAUCGACCCCAUCGAGCUAGCAAAUAUAAUUGCUACGAAUAAGGUGCGGUUCUCAAACGCACCACUGGUGUGGCUGAAAGAAGUCGCCAGUUUCCUGAAUUCCAAGACUCAAAUAGAUGUUGAUGACCCUACCUUUUCAAAUUAUUCCUCUUCGUACCCAUUGUCGGUGUUACCUUCAGAGAUUAGGAACAGUCUUGAGGGUGUACUCCAAGAUGCUGGGAAGGCAAAUGCACAAUUAUUUUUUGAUGUCACCCUUACUGCUUUGGCUAAUGAUAUGAGUAGAGGACAGUCUGUGAAUGGGCACAGAAUUCUUCUCCAAAUUCUGGCCAAUGAUUAUCCUGAGUUCUGUGUGGCGUCAAUCCAGAAGAGUGCCAGUCUCCGUAACUCUUACCAGAACAGACCACCUAUCGGACUCUCCUUACUCUGGGCAUUUGGUCAAGGAGGACUUAAUAAUUUCGCAGUAGGUUUAAAAGCUUGGCAGGAAUUGUUCCUACCAAUAAUCGAACUGAAGAACUAUUCUAAGUUUGUGAUUGUUUACUUAUCAAAACUUCUGGAUGAACAUGCAAGCAUGGAUAGCACAAAGGUGAGCCAGGAACAGCUCUUGGCUAUGUUCGAUUUGGUGAAUAACAAGAGAAAUAGUCUGUCCAAGGAAUUAUCAAGUGACCUUAUCAAGCAAUUAACUAAAUAUAAGGAUAUAUAUUUCAAUAGAAGCGGCAAUAAGUUACAAGUGACCUUUAACCAGAUUAUGAAGAAACUGCCCAACCAGUUCCUAAUCGGACCUGCCCUAGACCCCUAUAAUAGGGUUUUAGUUGAAAGCCUAAUAGAUUGUUUACAGAGGGAUGAUGCGUGCAAUGCUACCUGGCGGCAGCUCUUCCAAAAAUGUACCAAGCAGUCGGCUACACUACUAGACUAUAUCAACAGCCACUGGGCGGAAGUAAGUAAGAGACUGAAAUUGAAAUCUCUGAAGAAAACUGUAGCUGAAUUCAAGGAAGUGGGGGCAGACGCUCUCAAAGGCAAGAAGAAAGAUGAAACUGUCGUGAAGGCUAACAAGAUAUGCCAGGAUAUUCUAGACAGAAUGGCGAGUACUAGAAGGUUCCCAUGGCUGUGGGCCAGCUUCUUCCUGUUGUUGAGCAUCGUCGGAUUGGUAGCUUACGAUGUAUAUACAGUGAAUGGAAACUUCCCAAAAAGUGCAACUGGCAAACUUAUGAAUGACCUUGGUCUUCUGGAGCACAGUCAACGAGCGUGGCAGAAGACGCUAUCGUCUUCCGCACGAGGGUACCUUUGGCUUGAAACGAAUGCACCCAUUUACUACACACAAACAGUUGAAGUCUGUAAACCAUAUGUUCAACUUUCCAAGGAGUUGAUUGUCGUUGGCGUUAAAAAAACUGGUGUACUCUAUGAGAAUGUUAAAGUUUAUGUAAUAGAGAAGACGCCAGUAGUGGUGGAAACCAUAGAGCAGUAUGCUCCAGGGCUGGUGGAUAAAGUUCAGGGUUAUGCAUCAAAUGGUUAUGAGGCUGUGAAGAAAUUCUCCAGUGACUAUUACCAGUUGACAGCGGAGUAUUUGCAGACAAAGGUGUUUGUUGGUGAAUGGGCCCCAGAAAUCUUGCAGAACAAAACGCAGAUAGCCCUCAAUGCGACGAGGACCCAUGUAUCGACAUAUUUCCAUUGGUUUAGGGAGCAAGUACACAUAUACUCGAAGAUACCGUGAAGUAUGAUAACACCUUUAUUCUGUUAUGUUCUGUGUGCCGAUGGAGGAACUUCGAAGUUUUAUCACACAGCCUUAUUCACCAUUUUUUGCUAACAUUUCCAUAUCAUAUUUUUUUUGUUAUUAUUUUAUUUAUCAUUUCUUUAACAAAAAUAAGUAUACAUAACCAUAUUCCAUUAUAAUCAUACUAAUUAUAGGUAAAAUAGCUGAAAAUGGUGAAUCAGGACAUUGUUUUAAUCUAAAAGCUAAAUUAAGGCAAAAAAUCUAGUUUUAGAAAUGGAAAUUCAUGAAUGUAUAUCGGGCAAAACAUUAGGCCUAAAGUCGCAAGAAUGUUAACAAUAGUUUGUGAUUUUUGUAAUAAAUUUUAAUGAUGCAUAUUUUAUU